AGUGACGUCACUUGAAGCAGUCUGCUAUACAAAAGUGUUGACCGUGUUUGGUAACAUUUGAUCAUUCUUAAUUUUUCACUGAAAAUAAUUAUUAUUAUCGCUAUUCGUUUUUGUUAAUUAAUAGUUGUUUAAAAAUGUCUCAAAUAUCAUUGACAGAACAACCAAAUCUGCAACAAUUUGAUCUUACAAAAUUAACUCUACCUCAACUAACUCUAUUAAAACAUCAAUUGGACCAAGAGAUUCCUGUAUUUCAAGAUUCGUUACAAACUCUAAAAAUUGCACAAAGUAAAUUUUUAGAAUCUGGAUCAUGUCUAGAUAAAAUUACUCCAGAUACUAAAGGUAAGGAAAUUUUGGUACCUCUCACUGGAUCAAUGUACGUCGCUGGUCAAAUGGGAGAGACACAAACUGUUUUAGUCGACAUUGGUACUGGAUAUUUCGUGGAGAAGAAUAUCGAAGAGGCCAAAACCUAUUUUCAAAAUAGAGUUACCUAUGUUUCACAACAAAUGCAAAGUAUUCAACAAAUGGGAAUUGAGAAGAGUAAAAUCAGAGAAGCAACUGUUGAAGUAAUGGAGAUGAAAUUACAGGCUAUGAACUCCAAAGAAGUUGCGGAACGAACAUGAGAAAAUAAUAUAUACAAGUCAAUAAAUUGUAAUACCAUCAACGCAUCAUAGCUUCUGUUAAUAUUGAAAAAUAACUUUUGGUUUGUGCCUUUUGAGAUCUUUGAUGGAAAAUGAGAAAUUCCUGUUUAACUUCUUUAAAGUUAUGCAAAAAAAAAGAAAA